CCCCCGCCCCCGCCCGCCCGUGGCCGCGCCCCCCGCGCCCCCAGCGCCCCGGAGCAGCCCAGCCGCCGAGUCCGAGCGCCGGGCGACCCUCGUCGAGCCCGCGGGCGGGGCGAACAAAGCGGCGGCGGCGCGGGCGGCCCAGGCGCGCGGCGCGCGGAGCGAGCGACCCGCCGGGCCUUUGUCUCGGGCGGGGCCGGAGCGGCGGCCGCCGCGGGGCGCCCGGAGCGCAGAAUGCCGCGGCGCCCGGCGGGGCGGAUCGGGGAGCGCUGCGGCGGCGGGCGGCGUGGAGCCCGGCGCGGGGCUCGAGCGGACUCGUGUGCGUGAAGCAGGGACCCCGGCGUCCGUCCCGCGGCCGCACGUGGGCGGGAGCGGCGGCCCGCGGGGAGGAGGAGGAGGAGGAGGAGCAGCCGGAGGAGCCGGAGGAGGACGGACGCGCGGCGGCGGCGGCGGCGGCGGCGCAGCGCGGACCCGGGGCCGCCCGCACGAAGCCCCGCCCCGGCCGCCGAGCCCCGCGCUGGCGGGCGGGCGGGAUGCCCGGCGGCCGCCGCACUUUGGCCCCGGCGCAGCCCUGACCGAGCCGGCCCGGGCCGGGCGCGCGGGCGCGCGGGCGCCAUGGAGCAGUGGCGGCAGUGCGGCCGCUGGCUCAUCGACUGCAAGGUCCUGCCGCCCAACCACCGCGUCGUGUGGCCCUCGGCCGUGGUCUUCGACCUGGCGCAGGCGCUGCGCGACGGCGUGCUGCUGUGCCAGCUGCUGCACAACCUGUCCCCCGGCUCCGUGGACCUCAAGGACAUCAACUUCCGGCCGCAGAUGUCCCAGUUCCUUUGUUUGAAGAACAUCCGCACCUUCCUCAAGGUCUGCCAUGACAAGUUCGGGCUCAGGAACAGCGAGCUCUUCGACCCCUUUGACCUCUUCGAUGUCCGGGACUUUGGGAAGGUCAUCUCUGCCGUGUCCCGACUGUCCCUGCAUAGCAUUGCUCAGAACAAAGGGAUCAGGCCUUUUCCCUCGGAGGAGACCACGGAGAGCGACGACGAUGUCUACCGCAGCCUGGAGGAGCUGGCUGACGAGCAUGACCUGGGGGAGGACAUCUACGACUGCGUCCCCUGCGAGGAUGACGGGGACGACAUCUACGAGGACAUCAUCAAGGUGGAGGUGCAGCAGCCCAUGAAAAUGGGCAUGACCGAGGAUGACAAGCGCAGCUGCUGCUUGCUGGAGAUCCAGGAGACGGAGGCCAAGUACUACCGGACCCUGGAGGACAUCGAGAAGAACUACAUGGGCCCCCUGCGGCUCGUGCUGAGCCCGGCGGACAUGGCGGCCGUCUUCAUCAACCUGGAGGACCUCAUCAAAGUCCACCACAGCUUCCUGAGGGCCAUCGACGUGUCCAUGAUGGCGGGGGGCGGCACCCUGGCCAAGGUCUUCCUGGAGUUCAAGGAGAGGCUGCUGAUCUACGGGGAGUACUGCAGCCGCAUGGAGCACGCCCAGAGCACGCUGAACCAGCUCCUCGCCGGCCGGGAGGACUUCCGGCAGAAAGUGGAGGAGUGCACGCUGAAGGUGCAGGACGGCAAGUUCAAGCUGCAGGACCUGCUGGUGGUGCCCAUGCAGCGCGUGCUGAAGUACCACCUGCUGCUCAAGGAACUCCUGAGUCAUUCUGCUGACCGGCCGGAGAGGCAGCAGCUCAAAGAAGCACUGGAGGCCAUGCAGGACUUGGCCAUGUAUAUCAAUGAAGUGAAACGGGACAAAGAGACCUUGAAGAAAAUCAGCGAGUUCCAGAGUUCCAUCGAAAACCUGCAAGUGAAACUUGAGGAAUUUGGGAGGCCAAAGAUUGACGGGGAGCUGAAAGUCCGGUCCAUAGUCAACCACACCAAACAAGACAGGUACCUGUUCCUGUUUGACAAGGUGGUCAUCGUCUGCAAGAGGAAGGGCUACAGCUAUGAGCUGAAGGAGGUCAUCGAGCUGCUCUUCCACAAGGUGACCGACGACCCCAUGCACAACAAGGACAUCAAGAAGUGGUCCUACGGCUUCUACCUGAUCCACCUGCAAGGCAAGCAGGGCUUCCAGUUCUUCUGCAAGACGGAGGACAUGAAGAGGAGGUGGAUGGAGCAGUUUGAGAUGGCCAUGUCAAACAUCAAGCCCGACAAGGCCAAUGCCAACCACCACAGCUUCCAGAUGUACACCUUUGACAAGACCACCAACUGCAAGGCCUGCAAGAUGUUCCUCAGGGGCACCUUCUACCAGGGCUACCUGUGCACCAGGUGUGGCGUCGGGGCUCACAAGGAGUGCUUGGAGGCGAUGCCCCCCUGCAAGAUCAGUUCCUCUGCAGACCUGGAAGCUUCCGGAGCAGGACCGGGACCCAAGAUGGUGGCGGUGCAGAAUUACCACGGCAACCCCGCCCCGCCCGGGAAGCCGGUGCUGACCUUCCAGACGGGGGACGUCAUCGAGCUGCAGCGGGGCGACCCCGAGUCACAGUGGUGGGAGGGCCGGCUGCUGCAGACCAGGAAGUCCGGGUACUUUCCAAGCUCCUCAGUGAAGCCGUGUCCCGUGGAUGGGCGGCCACCCAUCAGCCGGCCACCAUCCCGGGAGAUCGACUACACUGCGUACCCCUGGUUUGCGGGCAACAUGGAGAGACAGCAGACGGACAAUCUGCUCAAGUCCCACGCCAGCGGGACCUACCUCAUCAGGGAGCGGCCCGCGGAGGCCGAGCGCUUCGCCAUAAGUAUCAAGUUCAAUGACGAGGUGAAGCACAUCAAGGUGGUGGAGAAAGACAACUGGAUCCACAUCACGGAAGCCAAGAAGUUCGAGAGCCUCCUGGAGCUGGUGGAGUACUACCAGUGCCACUCGCUCAAGGAGAGCUUCAAACAGCUGGACACCACGCUCAAGUUCCCCUACAAGUCCCGGGAGCGCGCCACCUCCAGGGCCUCCAGCCGGUCGCCAGCUUCCUGUGCUUCCUACAACUUUUCUUUUCUCAGUCCUCAGGGCCUCAGCUUUGCUCCCCAGGGCCCCUCCGCUCCCUUCUGGUCAGUGUUCACGCCACGGGUCAUCGGCACCGCCGUGGCCAGGUACAACUUCGCGGCCCGGGACAUGAGGGAGCUCUCGCUGCGGGAAGGGGACGUGGUGAAGAUCUACAGCCGCAUCGGCGGGGACCAGGGCUGGUGGAAGGGCGAGACAAACGGACGGAUCGGCUGGUUUCCUUCGACGUACGUGGAGGAGGAGGGCGUCCAGUGACGGCGGGGUCGACGACAGGACGUGCGGAAGUUCCUGGGAGAGUUUCCCCGGCUCUGAAGUCUCCCGCCGGCUCUUCCGCAGCUCCCGAAGGAAACGCUCACCUGCCUUCUGCUGUCGCCAGCCCAGUGGGACGGGGAGGGUGCGUGACCGUCGCCCGGCCGUGGUGGCCUGUCCCUCCACGCGGUGGGGACCCUCCUUGUACAUAGAGGAAAUCUGCACUGGUCCCAGCCCGAGGACAGGGCCCCGCCAGCCCCGCCAGCCGCUGUGGGUGACAGCCACGGUUUGUCCCUCGGGCUGAGAUGGUGCUCAGGAGCCUAGGACUAAACAGCUGGCGUCCCGGGGGGGGGGGG